AUGCAGCACACGCAGAUGGCUUUAAUGAGGAAAGCUGAAGCUGAACUUCUUUCUGAACGGGAAGCAGAAAAGAUGAUCACGAAACGGAAGCAAGCUGAUGAAAUCUCAGGGAAAAUCCGCGAACAAAUUCUUAGCGUUAUGACUCUGCUCGACAAAGCACCAUGGGUAAAAUCUCAUCAGAAGGUCGGUAUUGCGUUAAUCAAAGAUCUCAAAAAACAGCUUUCUGAAAUGGAUACUGUCGCUGAGAACAUGGAAGUGGAAAUUCGCGAAAAAUCAAGCAUUGUAGCAAGUCACGAGAAAUUGUCAUUCCAAGUAUUUUGUAAAACUGCUGCGGUAUUAUCGUUGAAAAUUCGAGAUCUUUUAUCUGAGUUGGGAAGAGAAUUGGUUAAAAAUAACCAGCUUCGAAAAACGUUUUCAUCAGAUCAACAACAAAGUGCUUCUUCAGAAAAUAACCAGACAAUUGAGUUUUCUGACUUAAACAGUGCUCAGGAAAGCACGUUUUUGUCGUCUCUUGAACUUGCUCCUUCGAAGAUGGUUGUGGCAGAAGAAUCAGGAGAUGCAAACAUUGCGAUAGAAAAGGACGACAUUAUUGAUAGAAAUGUAACUGUUCAGGACUGUCUAAUUGGUAUCACCAAGCAACCAGUGGAAGUUUAUGAAAAAGUUCACAAAAAAUGCUCUCUUACUAAGGCCAACCAGUUUUCAAACGCACUUGACGGGAACGAAUCUGUAGAGGCUGGAAGUGAAGGUGUCGAGAUGGAUGAAAGUGUAAAUUCUGUAAUGGACGACUCUAAUCCAACACUAUCACUUCAGCAAGUGGAUGAAGCAUCUUUCAACCAGAACAAUGAUGCUGAAAUAAGUGAUAUACUCGGUGGAGUUGGAAAAAAAGGGUCUUGUAAAGAAGCGUUUAAAGUUCCUCAACCUCCAAAAACCUGUUCGGAUAUUGGAAAAAGACAUUUGAAAAAGAACUCAAUUCCAGUAAAAAGUGAGCGUUUAGAACUGUUAUUUACUGGUAUAAUUGUCCGGCAAGCAUUACAAGUAGAUGACGAAAACUCAGAUUUUAACAUUUCAUCUCUCAAUCCUAACGUAGCAGAAGAAUUUAAUCCGUCUACUCUUUUGGGCUUAUCUGCUGCAGUACAAGGGUCAGACGGUAGUCUGGACUUUAUGUCUAUCUUUAAUGGCAGUGGAAAUCAAGGGGGUUUUGAAGAAGAUAAUAUUUUUUCUUUUGAUUUCAAUGUUGCUGGUGACGUCAAGAGGGGCAAUGACAGCAAGAAAUCACUUAAUCAACCUUUUGCAUUCUUUUAG